AUGGCAGAUUCUUCUCAACAACACGUGACAUUCAGCCUUGCAGACAACUCGCAAGAGGACGAUGCUGAUGGUUUUCGAAACUAUUACUCGCCUCUUGCUUCAAUAGGUGAUGCACCGCCCAAUGACGACGAUCGAGUCCCGUUUACGAGCGCGUACCCAAAGCCUAGUCUAUCAGCCAAUCCAGCAGACCAAAUGGGAGGAGGUCUUUCACAUACCAACGAGAUCAUCGAUCAGUCUCGAUCCCAUGACUCUGAGCAGGUCGUUGAAGUCUCCAAGAACCAGCGUUAUGUACGCCUUAAUACCCUACUUGGCAAGGGUGCUUACAAGGUGGUCUAUAAGGCCAUUGAUCGUGAGGAAGGAUAUGAAGUAGCAUGGAAUACGAUGCAGUCUGCUCCUAAGGAUCUGGAACAUGAGAUUGAAAUCUUGAAAUCAGUUCGCCAUCCCAACAUCAUUGCCUUUCACGACGCCUGGUAUCAAAAGAACGAGUUUGUUUUCAUCACCGAGCUCAUGACAUCCGGCACUUUGCGAGAAUACAUUCGAAAGUUGAGCUUGCCCAACAACAAGAUUGUUAAGCGAUGGUCACGCCAAAUCCUCAAAGGUCUCGCCUAUCUCCAUGGAUACAACCCACCCAUCAUUCAUCGUGACAUCAAAUGCGACAAUAUCUUUAUCAAUGGUGCGCAUGGUGAAAUCAAGAUUGGUGACAUGGGUACUGCCGAGAUGAAAAUGGGUCAACGAUACACCAUCAUUGGUACACCCGAAUUCAUGGCGCCUGAAAUGUACGAGGAGCAAGGAUACAGUGAAAGGGUGGAUAUCUAUGCAUUUGGUAUGUGCUUGUUGGAAAUGGCCACUGGUGAAUACCCUUAUGGUGAAUGCAGGAAUCCCGCUCAAGUAUAUAAAAAGGUGUCAGCGGGUGUGAAACCUGUAUGCUUGCAAAAGGUGCAAAAUCCUGAAGUCUUGAGCAUCAUUGAAAAUUGCCUGGGCCCAGAAGAUGACCGACUUUCUGCAAAAGAGAUACUUGAGCAUUCUUUCUUGGCGGUUGAGCCCGAUGUGGUAUUGUUGGCUGCCGAUGCGACUCAUGUGCACUUGACCUUGCAAGUGGUCUUUAAGGGGUUGGAUAAGCUCUCUGUCAAGUUUGAUUUCAACGUGGAAACGGAUACAGCUGAACAAGUUGUGCGUGAAAUGAUUGAAGAACAAGUCCUUCCUGAAAGGUAUCAACAUCACAUCACCAAGGAGAUCAAUCGAAUACUGCGUGAUUUGGAGAAGCCCACUGAUUCUGAACAAGCGGAAAAGGCUCGUCAGUCGAUAUGGCGUAGGGAUACCGAAGCAAAUGACAUGCGAGAAGAGCUUGAGCGUGUGCGAUUGGAAUUGGAAAGGACGAGUGAACAUGUGCGUGAAGUCGAAUCCAAAUGCGAUGAGUAUGAGAACAUGGCGCAUUCGGCAGAGACACGAUAUCGUGAUGCUGUACGUAAUUUGCGAGAAGUCAAGGCUGAAAUGGAGGCAAUCAAGUCGGCACAUGGUGGUGAAGGAUUGAUGGCCAACUAUGAAACACCUUCGGAUUUACCUGCUGCUCGUGAUGCAUUGGUUUCGCGUAUUCUUGAAGAAUACGCUGAUGACACGGAUAUCGAGGUGUUUGUUCGUGAUUGUGCCACUGCAUCGCAUCGUGAUCUUGAAAAGGCGCAUGAAUGGAUCAACAAGCUCAAGAAUCAAGAUAUCAUGACCGUGGGAGAUUUACGAGACUUGCAUGAUGAAGACUGGGCUGGAAUUGGCUUGACAGUUUUUGCAUUAAGAGCUCUCAAGAACAUGCUAAAGGGCAAAAAGCUGGCUGGCCAGAGCAUCUCUAUCGCGUCAACGGGAGCAAACACUCCAGCAACAUCUACCCCAGUUUCCGCUCGAUUGACACCUCCUCCUCCUCCCUCUCAACAUCCCCCAUCCUAA